GUUGGACCUCCCUCUGCCUGAAAGUGAGCCAUGCCCAGAUAAAUCACUCCCAGCGCGGAGAGGGGGGAACCUGCACUCAGGGGCCGCAGGCUGAACGAGGAGGUUGGAGAGCUGCAGGAAGGAGACGCGCUGGAGCCCACCUCUCUCCGGUGAAACAUCCUUCAAGAAACAAAGACAAGAAUUUAAAAAAAAAAAAGAUCACCUGGGGCCUCGCUCUGCAGCAUCCGAGCGGCUCGUUUCUCUUUCUUUGUUUAAAGAAAUGUCUGGUCUCAGCACCACCACAGCAUGGGUGCUGGUCGCGCUGUGGAUCGGGAGCGCGGUGGACUGCGUGCCCCAAGGGACGCGCAGGAGCCGGAGACAGGCGCAGCAGUACCUCGCCUCUUCAGUCUCUCAAGAUGGUUGUUUAGAGAAUGGACACUUCUAUAAUGUUAAUGACCAGUGGGAGCGGCCAUUUUGGGGCAAAACUUUGAUCUGUACCUGCCACGGAGUUGCUGGGAUCAAGUGUAAAAGUAAACCUGAUGAAGAGGAAAAGUGUUACGAUGAGCUCACACUGCGGUCCUACACUGUGGGAGAAACUUUUGAGAGAUUCAGGGAAGGCAUGAUCUGGGACUGCACGUGCCUCGGAUCUGGGAGGAGCAAAAUUAGUUGCACCAUUGCCAAUCGCUGUCAUGAUGGUGAGGUUUCACAUAAGAUCGGAGACACCUGGAGGAGACCAAAUGAAGCAGGAGACUCCAUGUUGGAGUGUGUCUGCUUGGGAAAUGGCAAAGGAGAAUGGACCUGCAAGCCUGUUGCUGAGAGUUGCUAUGACAAUUCCGUUGGAGUCUCUUAUAAAGUUGGGGAGACAUGGGAGAGGAAGUAUGAGGGGUGGAUGAUGGUGGAGUGCACCUGUCGAGGAGAGGGGACUGGACACAUCAAAUGUACUUCAAAAAAUUACUGUAAUGACAAAGAUACUCUGACCGCAUAUCGUAUUGGCGACACAUGGUCCAAGACAGAUGCCCAAGGCCGCUGGCUUCAGUGUCUGUGCGUGGGGAAUGGCCGAGGAGAGUGGAGCUGUGAAAGAAAAGUCUCACUUCACACCUCCAGCCAGGGCACUGGUUCCCAUGUGAUUGCCAACAUCCAGCCUGCUGUCUACCACCCUGUCACUGUUCCUGAGUUUCCUCAGGAGUUAACUUGUAAGACUGACACAGGACUGACAUACUUCAAUGGACAGCGCUGGCUCAGGAAACAGGGAACCAAACAAAUGAUCUGUACCUGCCUUGGCAACGGAGUAAGCUGCAAUCAGUGGGACGGACCAGCCCCAGUUUAUGGUGGGAACUCAGGAGCCCUUCCCUGUGUGUUCCCUUUUGUCCACAAGGGAAAGACCUAUCACUCUUGUACCUCGGAUGGACGCAGUGAUGGACAGCUGUGGUGUUCCACUUCGUCUGAUUUCGAUAAAGACCAGAAAUAUUCCUUCUGUACUGAGAAAUACGGGGUUCUGGUGACACGAGGUGGCAAUUCUAAUGGAGCUUUGUGUCAGUUCCCAUUCCUCUACAAUGGCCGAAACUACACCGACUGCACUUCAGAUGGACGGAGGGAUGGCAUGAAGUGGUGUGGCACCACAACCAACUAUGAUGUGGAGCAACUUUAUGGGUUCUGUCCCAUGUCUGCUAAUGAAGAAGUGUGCACACCAAGCGAAGGGCUGAUGUACCGCAUAGGUGACCAGUGGGACAAGCGGCAUGAUGUUUUGGGUGAAAUGAUGCGGUGUACCUGCAUAGGUAACGGACGAGGAGAAUGGAACUGUGUUGCUCACUCGCAGCUUCAAGAUCGUUGUCUCGUGGACGCUGUGACCUAUGAGGCUAACCAAACCUUCACUAAGAAACAUGAACUGGGAUAUAUCAUGAACUGCACCUGCUUUGGACUGGGCCGCGGUCGAUGGAAUUGUGAUCCCAUAGACCAGUGCGAGGACCCACAGACGAAGGUUUUCUAUCAGAUUGGGGAGUCUUGGGAACAAGUCCUGCAUGGAAUCCCGUACAAAUGCUACUGCUUGGGCAACGGUAUUGGAGAGCAUAAAUGUCAGCCCCAGCGGUCAUACCCAGGUGGUUAUCGUCCUGUUCAUGUGGUUAUAACAGAAGCUGGAGGCCAGCAAAACACCCAUCCCAUUCAGUGGAACACCCCGUCAUCUACUCACAUAACCCAAUACAUCCUCAAAUGGAGAGUGAAAGAUACACUAAACCCAUGGAUGGAGGUGAUCAUUCCUGGCCAUCUUAACUCCUACACCAUCUCCGGUCUGAGACCUGGGAUAACAUAUGAAGGCCAGCUCAUUAGUGUGCUUGGGUUCGGACAAAAAGAGACCACAAGCUUCGACUUCACUACAACGUAUGGAUCAUUGGCUACGUCACAUGGCGAGAUCACCCCACCUCCACCUUUGAUUGACAUCUCAGAAUCUGUGACAGAAAUCACUUCCAACAGCUUUGUCAUCUCCUGGGUUUCUGCCUCCGACACCGUUUCUGGUUUCAGAGUAGAGUAUGAGCUCAUUGAGCAGGGACAGGGACCUAGGGAGCCCAUCGUUUUAGAUUUGCCUCGUACAACUACCUCAGUGAACAUUAAUGAGCUUCUGCCUGGAAGGAAGUACACAGUGAAUGUUUAUGAGGUUACAGAUGGAGAAGGAGACAACUUAAUUCUCACUACUUCACAAACAACCGCACCUGAUGCUCCCAAGGAACAUGAAGUGGAGGAGGUUGGAGAUACCUCUAUUCUCAUCAGCUGGGACAAACCACUUGCUCCCAUCACUGGAUACCGUGUUGUCUAUGCACCUUCAGAGGAGGGUGAAAGUAUGGAGCUGACUCUCCCCAAUACGGCAACUUCUGUGACUCUAAGCGAUCUUCUUCCUGGGAUGUCCUACAACAUUAGCAUCUUUGCUGUGGAAGAGAACCUGGAGAGUGAACCAAUCUUUGUACAAGUCAAUACCACCGGACAUCCCAUUCCAGAUGAAGUGGCUUCCCCAACUGACCUCCAGUUCUUUGAAGUGUCCGACAAGAAAAUAGUUUUGACCUGGUCCAACCCUGCCGGUGGCAUCUCAGGUUACCGGGUCACAGUGGCUUCCGUUGAUGAGUCUGGGUCUCCACAAAAUGAGAUGACUCUGCCCGUUGAUCAGAACUCAUAUAUCGAUGUGACACACUUACAGCCUGGCACGCUGUACCGCUUUAGUGUAUACAGCAUUAACAAUGGAAAAGAGAGUUUACCUCUUAUUGGAGAGCAAACUACAAAGCCAGAUGCCCCCACAGACAUCCAUUUUGCCGAUGUGACUGAAGACAGUGUGGUAGUGCAGUGGUUUGCACCCCGUGCCAAAAUUACCGGCUAUCGUCUCUUCCUUAAUGUAGAAGGCUCAAACCCCAUACAGCUGCGCCUGCCUGCACACCUCACCCAGUACACUCUCCUGAACCUGCAGCCUGAUACAGAUUAUACAGUCACACUGCACUCGGAGCAAGACAAUACACUGAGUGAAGGAGAGACUGCUGAGUUCACCACAGAACCAUCAAUGGGUAAUGCUCCUCAAUUCAACACCGAUGUGACUGAUACCUCCAUAAUAAUCUCCUGGACUCCAGUUCCCUAUAUUGGAUACAAGCUGACAGUCCAGCCCAGUCAGGGUGGGGAAGCUGUAAGAGAUGUCGUCUCUGAAUCUGGAAGCAUUUACAUUUCCGGUUUGACUCCGGGAGUAGAGUACACCUACAGUGUCCAGCCAGUUUUCAAUGGCCAAGAACAAGGAACCCCAAUCACUCGACAUGUGGUCACACCACUGUCCCCUCCUACUGAUCUAAACUUGGAGUCCAACCCAAGCACCGGUGAGCUUGUAGUUCAGUGGAAUGGAGCUGGUACACAAGACAUCACAGGCUACAAAGUGACGUGCAUUCCCACCAAAGGGCAACAAGGAAACAGCUUGGAGGAGUUCGUAGAUGCUGGGCAGAAUUCCUGCACCCUGGAAAACCUCAGUCCAGGUGUGGAGUACAAUGUCAGUGUUGUCACAGUGAAGGAUGACAUGGAAAGCACUCCUGUUUCAACUGUCAUCACCCCAGAGGUGCCACGGCUGACCGACCUCAGCUUUGGGAACGUGACUGACACGAGUAUCAGUCUCCGCUGGUCACCGCUCAGCACCCCAGUUGUCACAGGUUACAAGAUCAUGGUGGCUGCUUCUGGCGAGAGCAUCCCUAUUUUUGAAGACAUGGUCAAUCCCACCACUGGUAAUUACACGGUCUACGGAUUGGAGCCAGGCAUCGACUAUGACAUCAGUGUGACCACCGUCACGGAAAGCGGCGAGAGCGAACCAAUCAUUUUCACUCAACAAACAUCUGUACCAGCCCCCACUGAUUUGAGCUUUGGCAAAGUUGGACCUGACAGCAUGGAGGUCACAUGGGAACCCCCUCACACCCCAGACGGCAAUGACAUCACCGGUUACCUCAUUAGAUAUCAGCCAGUUGACGAGGAUGACGAACUAACAGAAACCAGUGUAGGAGUCAGGAUUAACAGGGUGGUGCUAAAGAAUUUGCUGCCCAACACUGAGUAUCUGGUGAGCGUAGUUUGUGUCUAUGAGCAGAGAGAGAGCUCGCCUAUUGUUGGCAUCAGGAAAACAGCAUUGGAUUCACCAGUUGGCCUUCGUUUCUCUGAAAUCGUAACCAACUCCUUCACUGUGCACUGGCUCCCUCCACUGAGCCAAAUCACAGGUUACCGCAUUCGUUAUCAGAUGGUUAGUGGAGGAAGGACCAAGGAUGAGAGGCUGCCCCCUUCAAGGAACCGCUUCACUAUGACGAGCCUCACUCCAGACACAGAGUACUUGAUCAACAUUUAUGCAGUGAGCGGGACGCAGGAGAGUCUGCCUCUCAGUGGGACACAGAAAACAAUCUCUGAUGCUCCUACUGACCUUGAAGUGCUUGAGUCAACCCCCACAAGUAUCAAUGUUCGUUGGGCCCCUCCUCCAGUCACUGUACGCUACUAUAGGAUCACUCAUGGAGAGUCAGGAAGUCACAGUAACCCUAAGGAGUUCACUGUACCCGGCUCCCAGUCCACUGCUACAAUCGAUAAUUUGAAGCCUGGCACUGACUAUACCAUCACUGUUUACGCGGUGACUGGCAGAGGAGACAGCCCUGCAUCCAGCAUUCCCAUCUACGUCAUGCAUAGGACAGGUGUGGACACGCCUUCUGGAAUGGAAGUGACGGAAGUGAAUGACAACAGCGCCACAGUGAGAUGGAGCCCAGCUCACGGUCCAAUCAAAGGCUACAGAGUGACAGGGGUCCCCAUAAGUGGACAGGGACAAUCUUUCUCUCAAGUGGUAGAAUCAGACCAGACAGAGUUCACUUUUUCAGGCUUGCUGCCUACUACAGAAUACGUUUUUAGUGUGUCCACUCUUGGACUAGAAGGAGAGAGCGCCCCACUAUUGGUGAACACUGUAACAAACGUUGAUCAUCCAAAGGACCUUUCUUUCUCUGACAUCGACUCCACUUCCUUGCGAAUCACGUGGGACAGUCCUGAGGGAACAGUAACAUCUUAUAGAAUCUUGUAUGCGAGUUCAGAGGAGGGUGAGAGAGAGCUACCUAUUGUUCUGAGAGGAGAUGCUGACUCUGCUGUUAUUGAUGGACUCCGGCCUGGAACUGAAUACUCCGUUAAAGUCAUUGCCGUGCACGAUGGUACAGCCAGUACACCACUGAUUGGGACACAAGUUACAGCUAUCUCUCCUCCCUCUAACCUUAAAUUCACCCAAGUUGGUCCCACCUCAUUUUUGAUGCACUGGUUGGCACCAGGUCAGGAAAAUCAAAUAACUGGCCUCACAAGUCUCACUGGGUACCGUGUGGUGGUGAACCCAAAGAACACAAGUGGACCAACCAAAGAGAUCAACCUGGCUCCAGAUGCCACCCAGGCACACAUCUCUGGACUCAUGAUUGCAACAACUUAUGAAGUCUAUGUUUACGCACUGAAGAACACUCUGACCAGCAGACCAGUCCAAGGAGAGGUCACGACUCUGGAGAAUAUCAGCCCUCCUCGACGCGUACGCAUCUCUGAUCUUAAGGAUUCAUCCAUCACUCUUACUUGGCGAUCGAAAACCAAUACCAUCUCUGGGUUCCUGAUUGAAGUCACACCCACUUCCUCUUCUCCAAGCUACAAACCUAUUCAAAAGACUGUCAGCUCCGACUUGCGCUCUUACUCUAUUACAGGUCUGGAGCCUGGCACCACUUACAAGAUCAAUCUCUAUACACUGAAGGGCAGUGGACGCAGCAUACCGUUCACACUCACCGCCACCACAGCUCAACCAGUGGUCAUCCCACCCACCAAUAUCCGCUUCACCUCCCUGAAUCCUAACAGCAUCUCAUUUAUGUGGGAGCCUUCUCUCAGCCCAAAGGUCACUGGUUAUUAUGUCACCUAUGAGGAAGCUGGAGGUUUGCCUCGAGAAGCCACUCCUAGACCUCACGCAAGCCAGAGCUACGCUACAAUCAGUGGCCUGAAACCUGGCACAGAGUAUGUCAUUAAGAUUGUAGCGCUGCAGAACGCUUUGAGAAGCACACCGCUCGUGGGCAAAGCCAGGACUCAGCCGGACUACUCAUCUGUUCACCAGCUGUUGGUACCUGAGCUGCCUCAACUUCCUGUUCCUAAUCGACCCGGCACCGACAUCCUGGAUGUCCCAGAGUCCUUUGACAUAAAGAUUUUUGACUCCAACCAUGUCCACCUGGCUGGUACAGGUGGUCAGAACCAACCGGGUCAGCAUAGUCAGCACAUCUAUACAGAAUAUCAGAACUUGCGCCCCAAUAAUGGACUGCAUGGUUCCUACAAUGAACCCAAAGAAGGCCAGAGACCCACUCUCAAAGAGCCCCUGGUCUUUAUUCCUGUCGCUGGCCCUGAUGGAAACAGAGUACCCCUGGUCAAGGUGAGUGACAGCCCUCUGCCAGGUCUUGCUUUUGGUUUCCCUGACAACGAAACAGAGUUGCCCCAAGAAGCAAAGACGGUCACGACCAUUUCCUGGCAACCAAUCCCCGAAACAACGGAAUAUGAAGUGUCCUGUAACCCGAUCACACUGGAGGAAAACGGCUUCCAGAUGCGUCUUCCCGGCACCUCCAACAGCGCCACACUGAUUGGACUCACGUCCGGAGCGUCCUAUAAUGUUGUUGUGGAGGCGAUGAAGGAGGGGGCUAAAGAAACGGUCCUAGAGGAUGUCAUAACAGUUGGCAACGCAGUUCCAGGUGAUCUUCCUGUUGCCACCAACCAGGAUGUGUGUUACGACACGUUCACACACACGUACCACGAGGUGGGCUCGGAGUGGGAGCGCAUGUCUGAGACGGGCUUCAAGCUGUGGUGCCGCUGCCUGGGGCUCAACAGCGGACAUUUUAGGUGUGAUUCAUCCAAGUGGUGCCAUGACAACGGUAAUAAUUACCGCAUCGGAGAAAAGUGGGACCGCCAUGCCGAGAAUGGUCACAUGACAAGCUGCAUCUGCCUGGGCAACGGCAAGGGAGAAUUCAAAUGUGAACCCCAUGAGUCCACGUGUUAUGAUGAUGGUAAGAUGUACCAGGUUGGAAAACAGUGGCAGAAGGAUUACAUGGGUGCCAUCUGCACCUGUACCUGCUAUGGAGGUCAGCAGGGUUGGAGAUGUGAGAACUGCAGAAGGCCUGGAGGACAGGCUAAUGUGGAGGCUGAUCUCCUUCAGCCUGUUUCUUCAGACAUCUUUGACCGCUACAGAGAAAAUGCUCUACGUAAACUGAACAUCCAUUGUCCGAUUGAGUGUUUAAGUCCAGAGCUGCUGGCUGACACUCAUAGUCCCUCAGAGUUGGAGAAGAAGUAGGAAGGAAGGAAGUGAGACCACUCACAAUGUCAUCAUUUAAAGAAGGACGCUUCCUCCUCCUGGUGCUUUAGAAAAUAUUGUUUCUGUCAGUUUUGUGCCUUUAGUGGUUUUCACCGCAACAAACUUUGUGACUUACCAAAGAUCUGCUCAACGUUUUUUUUUUUUAUUAUAAUUAUUUGGGUUUGAUCAACUUUUCAACCAUAAAAACUGAAUUUAUUUGGACUUUUUUUUUAACACAUUUCUGUCACAAUGAAAGUUCUGCUGCUUUAUCACUUCGAACUCUUCAAGAAACAUUGUUCUUUUCACACACAAACACGA